GGAGGGAGCUAACAGGACGUGUGAGGGAAGUGAAGAAGGAUAAACGUCCAAUUUGUUUUGGGUAGACUGAAAGCAAGACUGACAGAAAUAAUAGAAAGGGAUUGUGGGAGACGUGUGGGCAGAGCGCAGGACCUGCGUCCAAAAUAGCCCCCUCUUCCCUACAGAGUGAACUAAACGGAGAGGGGGUACGGGGUGCUGUUCCCAUUGUGGCCAAGGUGUGGAAUUGUUAAGGUCUCAGAGAGAGAGGGUAUAAACGACAAUCUGUUCCUCGCUUAAAAAGAAAAGUUGAAAGGGAUUGACUGGAGAGAGGAGAGUGGUUUCAACCCAGAAUGCACUGCAUUUAAAAUUAAGCCAUGAAAUUAUUAAACUAUGCAACAUUAGCAGCUUAAUGCACCAGAUACAUAGACCAUCUGAUUCGAAACAGAGUACUGAAAUCUUUCUGAGAAGGGAAACGACAGCGAGAGAGAAGAGAGGAUGAAAGGAUGAAGAGUGGGGAAGGGCCAGUGCUUAGCUAGAACUUUAAAGGUGAGUCAAUCUUGCAGUACCACAGGGGAGUACGGAAAAGAGAGCGCGCGAAAAGAAGAAAGAUUGGAAAGAGGUGAAGGGAGGGGGAAAGAUGUGGUAGAGAGAUAGAGGAAGAGAGAGAUGGGGAUUAUUUACCGUUUGAAAUGAAUAAAUCCGUAUUGUGUGUCUGGCAGACAGAGAGGGGCGGGGGGGGGGGCAAGAGAGAACAUCACAGUGACCACCCCUAAAGAUCAAAGAGAUUUCAUUAAAAUAAAAAGCUCAACAGCCUCAAGAGAGGGGAAGCAGAGCAAAAAGUGAUUUUUUUAUUAACCAAAAUCUCACUGCGUUGAAUUCGGAAGUAGGCUACAACCAGAAAAUAAAUAAAAGACCUUACUUUAAAAUCAACUUUGGAAUGGUUCCUGAAACUGUGUCCCUGAGCGUACAAACCGUCGCAGAACACGGGAAAGGAGAGAACGGUCACGGCACUGGAAUAAAGAGAAGGUCGGCGUGGACAUAGGUGCACAGACGUAGGAGAAAGAAGGAAAGCAAGAGGAAAGAUUGGUUUAUUUCUGGAUCAUCACCCUUCCCAAUGACAGAACAACGUCUUCCAGGGGUACAGUGAUGGGUAAGAUCAGCUGCCCCAAUGCAUGUUGGGGGACAGUAGGCGUAAAGUCGCUUGUACUUUAUUGGCUUCUGGUAGCUGCAGUACACCCAUCCCAAGCCCAGCCACCCCUCCCUCUUUCCCUCCCGGCUAAAAUUGCAGUCCUCCCUCCCUGGCAUGCUCUGCCCCUCUCGCAGGCCGAUCUGGGCCCAAUUUUCUCCAACUCCAGCCCUUUUGCCUUCUCCCAGUCCCUGCUCAUGGUGCCUCCGGAUGGGGCGCCGUCCAAACCGGGUGUCCAGGCUUCAUUCGGGCCUUUCUCUGUCAGCCAGCCGGUGUCUGGGCCCAUUCUCCCCCUCUCGCCUCGUCUGUCUGCGUCCCUCAUCUCUAAACACGUGGAGAGAGAGAGAGACGAAGUGGGCAGGUCGAGGUACAGAGUGCGAGCGUUUUUCCGAGUGCGAGGGGACCCAAGCCGAGGCUUCUGUGUAACCCUCCACGCCUUCAAAGAGACAGAGGAACAGAAAGCUUCUUGUAUCACACAGCCUCCACUCGGCCUGUGUGUGGUGACAUUGACGCUGCCCACGGAGUGGUUUGAGUCCGAACUGACUAACAAGGCCUACCUCGGCCCCAACCAGCGGGCCAGGCACACAAACCGCUACCGGGUCCGGAACCGGGGGCGUCGGCACGGGGACCCACCCCCGGGCUCCCUCCGAUACAGCCCAUCCGGCGAACGAGUCCAGGUGUACUACUCGUCGUUUGGCACUGUGUCAAACCCUAAGUUAGUGCCCCCUAGGUGUGUGGAAGGCAAACUACAACAGUCUCAGAGACAGCUGUUCUACAUUGGGGCUGUCACUCUGAGGGAUUACAACAAAGGGAAGGAGGCCAACGGUACCAGAGACCACACAGGCUGUUCCAGCGGACAAGAACAGGAGGAGCUGCGUUUGGAUUCCAAUGUGCUGAUUCGCUAUCGCAGAGGACCAGUCCGCACCGGCCAACCAAUUGGGAUUUCGGUAAACCUGAGGGCUAAUUUCAGUGCAGAGUUUGUUGUUAUCAGACUGAAGGUGAAAAAAGGCCUGCUGUCUCUGGUGGCUCAGCGCUCACCGAACUCUGACCUCUGGGUCGUAACCCUGGAGAGAACACAGGGCUCCAGACAUGACGUGAUCUCGAUUACCUGCCACAAAGUCUCCAGACUUCUGGACAGUGAUAGUCCCUCUGCUCUGCAGCAGAUUGCCUGUCUGUCAGUGGACGGCUUGCGAAGGAGUUUCGGUGUUGCAAUGACGGUGUCGGCCAGCUGGUGGGUGGAGUACUCAGGUCGUAAUAACCCUCCGCCACCACACGGCGGAGUAGUGAGCAGUUUAUCCUUCACCGACCGGGAGAUUGUGGGGAUUACUCCAAUAACUGAGACUGACAUGAUCAUCAACACAGCCAUCUUGACCAACGAGCCCGUGUCACUUCCUGUCAUCGUGCUGGCGGUGGGGCAUGACGGGAAGGUGUCUGAUGUCACCUCAGCCGUCAAGUGUCAGUCGUCUAACGAUGACAUUGUCAAGGUAUCGGGUGAUUGCUCCACCCUCUUCGUCGAUGGUAGCGAAUCAGGCGUGGGCAGCACCUGUGUGGGGGUGGAGUUUUUCCUGGGCAUGCUCAGUGGGUCCCUUUGUCUGUCCGUCUGGGCUCCUGUUGUCCCUCUGCGCAUGUCGCUGUCUGACAAUGAGCUGAGCACCAUCGACGGCUGGAGGCAUCACACAGAGAACGGUUGUUCUCCAGUUUACCAAAGGUCCACAGUUCAGGUUAUGACCCAGUUCAGUGCCCAGGCGGGUCACGGUCAGCUAGCCUACCUGCUGGGCUCAUCCGAGUGGCUCGUUGACGUCACAGAGAUGGUCCGUAACUGGCUGAGAGUGGAGAAUCCCCGCGUGGCUGUCCUCGACAAGCAGAGCAUUCUAAUUGGUCUACAGCCAGGGAAAACGGCUGUUCAUGUCAUAUCAAGCCAGUGGGAUGGCGUGCUGGGCAGCUGUGACGUCAGCGUCACCUCGGAACCUGUGACCCCGGGUGACCUCUCUGUGCAGGUGGUGGGCGGACUUAGUAUGUCAAUCAAUGCAAGCCCCUCCCAUCCUGCGGUCAUUACUGCCUCGGUGACUGCCAAUAACAUUCUCUACAGCCCGGGCCAGGAAGCUUCGAUCAGUGUCUGGCUCCAGUUCAGCGACGACAGUGCAGUGUUGCUCUCCAGCUUCAGCCAUGUUCCGUUCAGCCUGCGCCUCUCCUCGUUGGCCGAGACAGUGGUCGCCGUGACGGCGGGGAAGUCUCAGCGUGUUGUCGCUCAGGGUGAAGGGGGAGGGCCUUUACUGAAAGCUGAACUCCUGGUCACGACCUGCGAGACGACCACAAACUCCAUCGACGGAGACCUGUCCAAUCCGAGGGAAGGAAGCAGGACCAGAAGGCUGGCUAAAGGAUCCGGCUGGAUCCGGGUGAACCUGGACUCAGGCGUGAGACCAAUGGGGAGCGACGAGGCGGACUUUGAGCUCCUCGACAUCUCGGACAUGUUGGUGGAGUCAGACAGGGACAUUCAGUACAGCAACUUUCCGGACUCGAGCGUCAUCCUAGGGAACGUCACCGAUGGCAACGGCGAGGACUACUACGACAAGGCCGGCGACGUCAUGGUAGCCCGCAAUGACCUUGAGAGGGCAGUGUUGACCCCCAGUCACGAAGAGAGUGCUGUGUACUUCGCUCCUGGGGUGGAGCGAGACGAGGACGGCAAACAGGCGGAGAGGGAGCUGGAGGUGGGGGUCGGCGCGAUGCUCUCCCUCCUCUGCCUCUCGGCAGUCCUCUUCCUUGUGAACUGUCUUCCCUGCGCUCUGAGGGAGAGGAGAAGAAGGAAAGUAAAGAAAGGAGAAACAGACGAGGAGAGGGAAGGAGAGGUGGAGGAACAGAGGGAGGAAGGAGAGGUGGAGGAACAGAGGGAGGGAGGAGAACCAGAGAAAGACAAAGAGGCGGAGGAGAUAGAGGAGGUGGCCAAGAAUGUUGCAGAAAAUGAAGAAAAGAAAGAGAGAGCAACAUGCUACUCUGGGAUAAUAUCACUCCAUAAGACUAUUUCAGAGGAGAAAGUGGAGCCAUCAGAUCAAAUCCUGAAUCUAUAGGUUUACGUUGAAAUAUGACCCCUAAUCCGUAUAGCAAGUACAGGUGAAAACAAGGGCACCAAGUAGGAAAAUAUGACCCCUAAUUCAUAUAGCAAGUACAGGUGAAAACAAGGGCACCAAGUAGGAAAAUAUGACCCCUAACUCAUAUAGCAAGUACAGGUGAAAACAAGGGCACCAAGUAGGAAAAUAUGACCCCUAAUUCAUAUAGCAAGUACAGGUGAAAACAAGGGCACCAAGUAGGAAAAUAUGACCCCUAAUUCAUAUAGCAAGUACAGGUGAAAACAAGGGCACCAAGUAGGAAAAUAUGACCCCUAAUCCGUAUAGCAAGUACAGGUGAAAACAAGGGCACAAAGUAGAAAAAGGGUGCCUUUUAAUUCAGGUGAGAAAUAUAUGUAUAUUCCUGUCACCAACAUCUUAACGUCUUAAAAUGUGUCUUGCCAUGUCAUCUCUGUUUAGUAUAAUUCUCAAGCUCUAUUUAUACCUGGUUCUAACAUGCGUCUGUAUGUAGCAGGUCCAGAUCACAUUUAAAGACACAUGUUUGAGGCAGGUAUAAAUGGGGCUUACAUGACCUAUAUCUGAAUGUAUACCUACCAUGGUAUGUAGACUGUACGUGCAGCACUACUGCAUGUACUUACAGGCAGUUUUCUGUUGUCUGUAUUUCACUUUCCUUUGUAUGAAAUCUGUCGUCAUCUUUUCAUUAUAGGCCUAUAGACAGAACAGUACCGGAUCACUGGAUGUUACGGUUACUUUCUUGAGUUUUUUCUCCAGAAAUCCCUCCAUCCUGAAGGACUUUCUAGGUUGGUUAUUUGCUCCUGUUCAAUGAAUUCUCCAACUAACAUUUCUGGUAGAUUUGAGAAUUUUUGAGAAAUUUAACUGGCGUUUUGGAACCCUUGUCCUGAAAGUGUUUUGGUUAAUGUCUACAUCAACUGAAAGAUGUUGCAAAUAUUCCUUAUGGAAUAGUUCAUGUCAAACAUGUUAUUAUCCUGCUAGGCAAAGGCUGUACAUUUGAUUUGGUAACAAAAAUAAUUGUUUUUGUAUGUAAUUUAGUAUUUAUUUAUUUAAGAGUUUGCAUUCUGUGUAAUUCUCUUUGUUUAUCUGGUCGGCAAACUACAGACGUGUCACAAAUUCAUGGAAAAAUCUCAAUAAAUAAGCUGGAGGAACAUAAAUCCAGAUGCUUCCAUUCAGGUGUACUGCGUGAUACAAUUAAGCAAAUUAACAUCCCAUCAUGCUCUCUGGCAUGUAGACAAAUGCUGAGCGGGCCCGGUAAACCUCUACUCUGGAUCAAGAUGACAAGGAUUUGAAUGACAAGGAUGACAAUGGCACCAUCCACAGGGCACAAGGACUCGCUGGAUGGUUUUGAGGAGUAUAAAAAUGUUUGGGAUCAUAUGCUAUGGCCAUCACUGUUACCAAAUCACAAACCUAUUAAACACCUGUGGGACAUUUUGGAACAUACGCGUUAGAGAGCGCUCUCCACCACCAUCAUCAUCAAAACACCAAAAUAAGGUAAUAUUUUAUAGAAGAAUGGUGUUCAAUCCUUCCAGUAGCCAUUCCGGAGACUCGGAUAAUCUAUGCUGAGGUGCAAUGAAGCUCUUCAAGCAGGUCGUGUUGGCCCGAUUGCUGAGGCCCCUUGUGUUGGUUUUUGCUUUAUCACUUGUACGUACGUUACAAUGGCUGAAACCCUGAAUGGAUAUGCCCCUGUUAAAAUAUGUUGGCCACUACAGGGUUGUCAUCAACCUCACCAGAAUCCAGUGCUGGAUCCAGUAAUGCCUCUCAGAACUCAAGCUUUGCCCAAUGGACCAAAUAUGAACCAGAUUUGUGCAGAAAUCAAGCCUCUUAGAACCAUCAGGAAGUCACAAACUCCUUUUCAUUUUCGCUACAUAAUGUUGGAAAUUUGAAUUGUGGAUUAAAAUAACAAGCAA